ACCAUAUCCUGUUUUGGCAAGGGCCGAAACCUUUACCAAUUCGUCAUUUAGCAUUAAUGUAUCUGUGCACCCACCUCACGCCAUUUCAUCGACUCAAAGCACAAUCCCCAAAAGCUGCGACCACAUCGAGGGAGAGAUUACCACUGUAUCUCUGUGUGUUAGCAACUUAAAGUGUAAGGUCCAUAUUUUGGUGUUAGAGGCUGAAACUGGAGAAGGAAAAGAGAAUCUAUGGAGGGAGACGCAGGGAGAGACUUGGAAGUCCAGAGAAGUUUGGAUGGGAGGGUGAAUGAACCAUCUUGUUGCCUGAAAGCAAGAGCUUCCCCUGUUGAUUCAGAGCUUGAAGCCAAUUGUCAUGCAACAGUUGUUUCUGGAUGGUUCUCUGAUAAAGGUGGCAAAAGCAUGUACUUUAACAACCCCAUGUGGCCAGGAGAAGCGCAUUCCUUGGAAGUAGAAAAGAUUCUGUUCAAGGAAAAAUCAGAGUACCAGGAGGUUGUAGUUUUUGAGUCUGCAACAUAUGGGAAAGUUCUUGUUCUUGAUGGCAUUCUUCAGCUGAGUGAGAAAGAUGAAUGUGCAUAUCAGGAAAUGAUUGCUCAUCUUCCCCUUUGCUCCAUUGAAUCGCCAAAAAAGGUUCUGGUUGUGGGUGGCGGGGAUGGUGGAGUUCUAAGGGAAAUUGCUCGCCACAGAUCUGUGGAUUUAAUCGAUAUAUGUGAAAUAGAUAAGAUGGUUAUAGAUGUAAGUAAGAAGUAUUUUCCCGAGUUAGCUGUUGGUUUUGAAGAUCCUCGUGUUCAUCUCCAUGUCGCUGAUGCUGUUGAGUUUAUCCGAAACACACCUGAAGGAAAGUAUGAUGCCAUUAUUGUUGAUUCAUCUGAUCCUGUGGGUCCUGCUCAAGAACUAGUGGAAAGGCCUUUUUUUGAGUCGAUAGCAAGAGCAUUAAGACCUGGAGGGGUACUUUGUAACAUGGCAGAGAGUAUGUGGCUCCACACUCAUCUUAUCCAGGACAUGGUCACUGCAUGUCGCGAUAUAUUCAAGGGUUCUGUUCAUUAUGCAUGGGCAACUGUACCUACAUAUCCCAGUGGUGUUAUUGGAUUCAUAUUGUGCUCAACGGAUGGACCACCUGUAGAUUUUAAGAUUCCUGUAAACCCCAUUGAGAAGGUAGAGGGAGCACUGGAGCACUGGAGAGAACUAAGGUUCUACAACUCUCAGAUGCAUCAAGCUGCCUUUGCCUUGCCUUCAUUUGUGAAGAGGGAAGUUAGCUGUCUUUGAGGGUUGUUAGUCUUGUGUGGGCUUGAAAUUGUGGUGUGGGUGCAAACCAAAUUAUGAGUAUGGUGUAGGUAUUUUAGUGGAUAUAUAUAUAUAUAUAUAUAUAUAUAUAUAUAUAUAUAUAUAUAUAUAUAUAUAUAUAUAUAUAUAUAUAUAUAUAUAUGCAUGAUGAUAUUGGGUGAAAAUAAUGGUAUUCAUGGGAGGGUUUGUCAUUUGUCCUCUGUACGUGGUCAUCAAUCUUUGUUUUGUGCUUCCAGAUAAAUUGUUUGUGCGUGUUUAUCUGUCAUAAAAGUGAACUCGGAUGUUAUGUUUCCAAGAAAGUGGGUUUAGAUUUGGGUGUUUUAUAAAAACAAUUUUGAUCAGCAUUUAUCAAAUGUUGAACAGAAAUAUAUUAUAAUUUAGUACGUAAAUUAACUACACAUUACAUCAA